CGAAACAAUGAGGAGCAGUAUUCCCCUGCUGAUUGCCGUAUGCACAUUCAAUCUAUGUAUGCUGCAAGGUACGUGCAAGGCACAUUUCAGGAGAAAAUUAACGAAGAUGUGGGGGUUUUCUUGGGCAAACUGCGGGAAACCUGAUGAUCCGGCUGUUUUAAAGACACUAGAAUUGUCUCCUGACCCCAUUGCUAUUCCGGGAGAUUUAACAGCAAGUGCAAUGGGGACCACAUCGGUUGAGCUAGCCUCGCCACUCGCUUUGAAUGUGACGCUGGAGAAGGAGGUUGCUGGGAUCUGGAUAAAGGUGCCUUGUGUGGAGGAGGUGGGAAGCUGCCACUAUUCUGACAUUUGUGAGCUUUUGGACACACUUAUUCCCCCAGGGCAGGACUGCCCCGAGCCCCUGCACACGUACGGCAUCCCAUGUCACUGUCCCUUCAAAGCUGGCGACUACACGCUGCCUCAGACCGACUUCUACCUGCCGGACGUAGACCUGCCCUUCUGGCUCACCAACGGCAACUACAAGGCGCAGGGUGUUCUGGGAAGCGAUGGGAAAGAGCUGAGCUGUGUCAAAGUCAGCCUCUCCAUCCACUCCACCUAACCCCUGGGACUGGGAGAAACUCCGCCAAACUACUGCGGGACAUUCAUUUCAUUCCUCUGUGGGUUUUUUGGUUUUUUUGAAGUAUCUCUGGGCUCCGUUAAAAGGGUUCUGUGACUCGGGAGACAUGGACAAUUGCUGUGAGAGCAUUUCACAAACAAUCACACUGAUCUUCCACAGGUUAAGUAUUAGUUUUAGAAUGCAAAUUUAGCUGAGAAAUUCUCCUUCCAGCCAUUUCAGAAGCGAUUUUACUCGUGUCAUUUUUUUUUUUUUCCUUAAACUAAUGGAAUGUGAACUUAUUAACUCGCUUUUAAACUACAUUUAUGUUCGAUUUCUUUAGGCGUUGUUUUUAAUGGAAGCUUUA